UUUUUGGUUUGAAACACAAUUUUUAUCAGUGUCAGUUUUGAUUUAAAACCUUAUAUAUGUUAAAAUUUAUUGAGAGUGAAAGAUAACCAAGACAAAUCGAUAACAGAAUCUCUCUGUUUAUUAGAAAAUAUCAGCUAGCCGCUCAGAUUUGGUAUCUCUUUGUGAACUGUACAACUGUAACAGUAGAGACAUUCUAAGGCAGUCAACCAUCCAAUCAACUGGAAUAAAAACUAAACAACGCACACAAAUAAAGUUAAAAUGAAGACUGUUAUUUGCUUAAUUGUCGCUGUUACAUUGGCAACUGUUUAUUUGAGCGAUGCACAACAACAGGAGACAAAUGGUUGUAACACCAACUGCAGCUCUGAAUGGAACACCCAAAUAUGCGCAACAAAUGAUGAAGGCAAGACCAAACUUUUUCCCAGUGAAUGCGUCAUGAAAUCAGAAAACUGUUUGAAGAAAUCAAAGUAUAUCAAAACUGGACCGGCUGAAGGUGGAAGUUGUCCAUAA